AUGUCCCACUCCAUGGGAGAAUUUGCCCGUUGCUUCCUGUGUCGUAAAAAACACACUGCUUCUCACAAAAUUAUUGAUGGCAGCGUAUGUCCAGCAUCUAAGAAGAGCGUGAAAACUGUUCUUUUACAUUUGGCUCGUUGUGGAAAAUUUCAGCUGCUGGUAUCCAAAGGAGAAUGGUUGUGUCGUCAAUGUUAUAUUAAGAUUGUGGACUACGACACAACUUUCAUGAAUCUCACCCGUAAGCAAAAACUGCUUACCACAUUGGUUGAGAAAGCUGUAACGACAAUUGACAGCGAUAUUGAAGCAGAGUGCCUCCAAGAAAUGUCGCACAUGGAGGAAUUUAAUGACGAACACUUCUUCGAUGACGCCAAUGUCUCUGACCGAGAAAUAGCCGAAACAAUUUUUGAAGUCAUUGGAAAUGACAGUGGAAAAAGGAGAAAAAUUGCAAAUUAUGGGAAACAAAGACUAGAGAGAAACAUGGAGUCAGCUGGUACUGAUAGUGACGAAGACCCCGAGUCACUGGGAGAAAAUGAAACAAUACAGUGCAAUCUCUGUGCAAUGAGAUUUAAAAAUCGAACCCAGCAUCAAAGGCAUGUCGUUCAAGUCCACAAAAAGUUUAGUUGCAAAAUUUGCUCUUUCAGUCACAGGAACGAGGACUACGUGCUGCUGCACAUGAACAUACACGAGGGAAAAAGUGAAAAUCAGUGUCGUUUUUGUAAUAAAGAGUUCACGACCAAAAUUAGUACAAUCCGACACAUGGAAGUGCAUAUGGACACGAAGAAGUAUCAAUGCGACAAAUGUGGUUUAGUGUUUUCCCAGACAACAGUUCUCUAUAACCACAAGUUGCAGCACGAAGCCGAAGAGAGGCCGCUACGUUGUGAAAUCUGCAAUCAAAUAUUUAAGACCAAGCGGACGUUCCGUCAUCACAUGGUUACUCAUCGGGCAGACAGGCCGCGAUAUAGUUGUGAAUAUUGCGGAAAGACUUUUACUGAGAAAUAUACCCUAAAGGUUCACAAACGUACACAUCCAGAAUCAGGCGCAGUGGCAGUAAGUCAGAACGAUUCUACGCAACAGCAAUACCAAAACCACCAGACUCAACCUGUCCAAUAUCAGGAACACCAGGUCCAAACAUAUAAUAAUUCACAGGUGGUUGGGACGAAAUUUGCUUGCAUUAUUUGUGAUCAGCAUUUCAGUAGUAAAGAUAAUUUGAAUAAACACAUGGAAAAGGAGCACGAUGUUAUACUAAAAUCCCUGAGUAUUGCAAAUUUCACGCAGUACGAAGUUGUUUCAAAUGAUUCACGAAAAGCUUGUCACAUAUGCGGUCAAAUAUUCAGUGCCCAACAUAAUUUAGAUUAUCAUCUUGUAAAUGUACAUGAGGUUACAUUAAAAUAAACUACUAAUAAAUAAAGU